CCGUGCCACCAAUGCUCGCAAAGGCUAUCUUCAUGGAGAUUACGAGAUCCCUGGGCAAACAUAUUCAAUGGUUCCAUAUGAAGAUAUCAUCAUGAUUGACGAUAGCGCCAGUCUCUUUCGGACCGAUGAGGCAAUUGAUGGAAGAUUCCAUGACGGACGAGGAAUUCGAAGAUUACAUGAAGAGCUUAUCAGCUAACGCACCAAUUGCCAUUCAGAUCUCCGACUCCUAUCCCUGUACCUGUACCGAGUACGUAUCCAAUACAUAUCAAUCCUCGACCUAUCGAACCUUGCGACAAUAUCCAUAGGGAAUGGCCUUCGGGGAGAUCAGUUUCUGUUCGACACCGGGAAAAGAUCAGUUUCUCGAAACAGACGACAUCGCGGAACACUUUGGUGCCACAGCAGCGACUGGGUCCCUGUCGGUCGGAGCCUUCAAGACUCCGACUGCUCAGACAAACAAGGCCGCUACCGGCAACGCCUCCCAAAAGUCGGCAAGGAGACUUGGCCUCUUCUCUGCCUUCGACAAGCAUUUUCCAAAAGAGGAAGCCGACAAGACUUCAUCGGCGAACGAUCAGGGCGAAAAAUUCGAAAACAAAGAUACGUUUCUUGAUGAGAAUUAGGAAAGCGGAUAGAAUGGCGGAGGAAUUUAAUGAUCGCCUUAGUAGUCCGUAAUAGCUCCCAAAUUGAAAAGAGACCCCACAAUACGUGACUGAAA